AUGAAUAUUGAAUUCCAUCAUACACCACUUCUCGCCAAACUUUUUUUGCGACAUCGCUUUUUUCGAGACUUCGAUUUAUUCUUGCGUCAGGGUCGAUUUGCGCUUAUGAAAUCAGAUGUGUAUUAUGCAUCAUAUCACAGAAUGUAUUUUGUAAAUUUUGUCGACAAAAUAUGUGUAGAAAAAUUUUUAUGUUGAUUUUUAUUAGAAUAAAGUAAUUUAUAACGUUCAUUUACUCAACUCAUACUUUGUAUUACCAUCAAUUUUGCUUGUACUCUUACAAUUGCAUAAGUUCAUUUUUUGUUGUAAUUUUAGUACGAGCAUGGGGUUGGGGUCGUUUUGGCGCGGCCGUUUUGGCGCUUGCCGAUUUGGCGCGGCCGUUUUGGCGCGCCCAGUUUGGCGCGGCCGUUUUGGCGCGAGUCCUUUUUGGCGCGGCCGUUUUGGCGCGGGGGUCGUU